CCGGGAGAUGCUCACAGGCCCCCAGCCAAGCAGUUAGCAAAAGUGCAUUUCCAGAGCUCAGGGAACCCGUGUGAAGGGAGGAACCCGGACCAAAGAGGCCAACUUGUAGUUGCUCCUACUCUUUAGAGGCUCCCUGACCUCAACCCAAUCAUCAUGACGUCUCCCCUGUGCUGGGCAGCCGCCACCCACGCUGUGUCUAGCCAGGAGCAAAUUUCAGCUCCCUCUUCCAAAGCCAAGGGCACUAAGGUUCAGAGCCACCGAGGCAAGGCUUUAGGCCGGGCACAGGCCUGGCCAGCACAACGUCUCAAGGGGAAAGCCUCCUAUCAUACGACGAAGUCUUUUGUGCACGCACAGAUGAUUGAGUUACAAAGGAAAAUCCAACUGUUAGAGGGUGACCGGAAGGCCUUUUAUGAGAGCUCCCAAUGGAACAUGAAGAAGAACCAAGACACCAUCAGCCAGCUUCAAGAGGAGACCAAGGCUCUCCACAUGCAGCUAAAAGACCUACUUCAGGGAGAGUCUAAAGUGGUCCACGCAAUCAUUCAGGAAUGGAAGUCAGAGAAGCCUUACCUGAAGAACAGGACUUGUGAGCAGGCCCUGGAGCACCUGGAACACCAGCUGAGGGAUAAGGUGAACCAGUUGAAUGCCUUGCGAUAUCAGGUAACGCUGCGGCAGAAGCGGCUGCAGGAACUGAAGCUACAGCACAGCAUGCACCAACUGGAGUUGGCAGAGGUGCAAGACGGCAACACAGAGGCGGCCAAGACCAUGCGCAACCUGGAGAACCGGCUGGAGAAGGCCCGGAUGAAGGCAGAGGAAGCAGAGCACAUUACCAAUGUGUACCUGCAGCUCAAGUCUUACCUCCAGGACGAGAGUCUCAACUUGGAGAACCGACUGGACUCCAUGGAGGCUGAGGUGGUGAAGACCAAACAUGAGGUAGUAGAGCUGAAAGUGGUGAAUCAAGAGGCCCUGAAUGCCCGGGACAUUGCCAAGAGCCAGUUGCAAUAUCUGGAGGAGACUGCAAUCCGAGACCGAAAGAAGCGUGAAUUCUACAUAACUGACUGCAAGAAACGGGCAGAAGAGAAGAAACUUCAGACAGAGCGCAUGGAGCGCAAGACUCACAGAGAGCAUGUACUGCUUCAGUCAGAAGAUACAGUCCAUGACCACCAACGCCACAAAGAGGAGGAGCUGAAGCGUCGCUGGGGCAUGUACCAGAUGGAAAUGAUGUUUGACAAGGUCAAGGAUGCCACUGGAGUGGCUGAAUCACAUGCUGUGUUUCGAAGGUUCCUGGCCCAGGAUGAGACCUUCACGCAGUUGGAGACUCUCAAGAGGGACAACGAGCAGAUGCUGGUGAAGAUGAAGGAGGAGAAAGAGCGGCUCCAGAGGGAGCUGGAGAACCUCAAGUACUCAGGGGAUGCCACACUAGUUAGCCAGCGGAAGCUCCGCGACACGAUGCAGGAGACAUUCAAGACUGAGGAGCGGCGGCGCAACGACAUCCACCAGCAACUGGAACGCGCCUUGCGAACCCUCCAGGUGGCCAAGGACGGCCUGGAGCAUCUGGCCAACAAACUGAGCCACGUGAUAGUGGAUGAUAGCGUUCUGUCAGGAAAGAAGUUAGACCCCGACUCAGAGAACUACUUGUCCGAUCUGCUGGAGGUUGUCCAGGAAAAGCUGCUGAGACUACAAGGGCAACUAGAGAGCCACGACAUAUCAGAGAUGAUGCGACACAUCACAGAGCGAGAGUUCCUGAGCUCAUUAGAAGGAAAACUGCCUCUCUUCAACACCCGCAUCCUUCUGCCCCUUGCCCCUGUCAAGGACAAGUUCUUUGAUGAAGAGGAAAGUGAGGAGGAUGAUCGCGAUGUGGUGACCCGUGCUGCCUUCAAGCUCCGUUCCCAGAAGUUAAUUGAAGCCCGCAGCAAGAAGCGCAGUAGGUCGCGCAGGUCCUAGACUCGCAGUUGCGUCCCAUCGGAUGCCUCCGGGCCUCUAGGGAACCCUGCGACCCGCUGGGCCCACCUACCGGUGUGGGCGGAGCCCUGGAGGCUCCUUCGAGGGCUGAAGGAGGCUCCAGUAGGGAGCACCGCAGGUCAGCAGCACCCGGAGGAGGGGAACGUCGGAGCCAGAAGUUCCCACAGUAAAUCUCUCGAGGCGGGUUAAGCCCGCCUCAGAAUCACGCAAUAAAGGUCACUGACCAGCCUCCA